GCUCCUUAUCGAUUCAAUAAUGAUUAUAGUAUUUUAGGGUUUUGGGUUGACCCAAGUCGAGUGUGGUCGCUCUUCUCCAUCCUAUCCCCGCCUUAAACAAACAACACAGCAAAACCACCUCUGCUCUAUACGACGUAGCAUUUGAAACAUCCUUACAACCGAAUCUUGAUAACAAAUUUUCCAAUAUUCGUCGAAGACCUUUUUGCUUUUAGCGCUUCUGCUUUGAAUUAAUCCGUAAUCAUGGCUACUAGACUUAUGUUUGAGAACUCUUGUGAGGUUGGUGUAUUUUCCAAGCUCACUAACGCUUACUGUUUGGUCGCAAUCGGAGGUUCUGAAAGCUUCUACAGCACAUUUGAAGCUGAGUUAGCAGAUGUUAUUCCUGUGGUUAAAACAUCGAUUGGUGGCACUAGAAUUAUUGGGAGGCUCUGUGCUGGAAAUAAAAAAGGGCUUCUAUUGCCGCACACUACCACUGAUCAAGAGCUUCAACACUUGAGAAACAGUCUACCUGACCAAGUUGUUGUGCAGCGUAUUGAAGAGAGGCUAUCUGCCCUUGGGAAUUGCAUAGCUUGCAAUGACCAUGUUGCCCUUGCACACACCGAUCUUGACAGGGAAACUGAGGAACUGAUUGCAGAUGUUCUUGGAGUAGAAGUUUUCAGGCAGACAAUAGCUGGUAACAUCCUUGUGGGUAGUUAUUGUACCUUCUCUAAUAGAGGUGGCUUGGUUCACCCACAUACAUCCAUUGAAGACUUGGAUGAACUUUCAACACUUCUUCAAGUACCUUUGGUGGCUGGGACAGUGAACCGUGGAAGUGAAGUGAUCGCUGCUGGGUUGACUGUUAAUGACUGGACAGCAUUUUGUGGAUCAGACACCACAGCAACUGAACUAUCCGUUAUUGAGAGUGUUUUCAAGUUGAGGGAAGCUCAACCUAGUGCCAUUGUGGAUGAGAUGAGGAAAUCUUUAAUUGACACUUAUGUCUAAGACUCGUAUUCUUGUCAUCACAGUCUUCCCUUGGUCUUCAACUGUUUACCAAUGAUGGAGGUGAAGCCACUUAGAUUUUUUAAGUUGGUUACGUUUGUUGUGCUUGUUAUAACCUUGUUUUCCCCACUGGCACUGGACGUUUAAAAAUCUCAUGGAGUCAUGUGUAAAGGGAGUUUGUAACUCAUUAGUGAUUGAACAAAACCAAAAGAUCAAGCAUUCAUGAACUCCUGUAGUUGAAAAGAGAAAAAUGUUUGCAUGUUUUCUAAAGGUUACAAGUAAUAAAGUAUAGUUGGAUAA